AUGUGAAGCUGCAGAGCAGAAGCAGAAGGUACCACUGGGAACUCUGAAGAAAGACUUGAAAUCACAGGAGGAAAAGCAGAAACAACUGACAGAGAAAAUCCGCCAGCAGCAGGAAAAGCUGGAAGCUCUGCAGAAAACCACUCCAAUUCGAUCUCAAGCUGACUUAAAGAAACUGCCUCUGGAAGUGACCACACGCCCUGCAGGGGAGAACACCCACUCACAGACCCGACCUCAGCGCCCGCGAUCUCCUCCUUUACCUGAUGUCAUCAAGAACGCUCCCAGCAGACCACCACCACCUACGCCUCUUCCCAAGUCCAUCAGUCAGCUCAAAAAGAGUUCUUCAGCUUGGCCAAAUAUCAGCACUCCCAAACUGGCAAGCAUGCUCUCCAAGGAGGAGGCCAGCACUUCCAGGACACACCAGCACACUGUGACAACUGGAAAGUCAAACAGCACUUUAAAAACUCUUGCCAAAUCAGGUACAACCUCGAAACCACCCUCUGCUGUGGGGCAGAACCCCAAAAGCUCACGUGAGACACCCAGUCCAAAAGCUGCCAAGGUGCCAGCACUGAAGAAAUCUGCCGCUGUGAAAUGCCCACAGGCCUCCACCACUCGGAAGAGGACCUUGAACACAACUGAGGACGGGUCUGAGGAGGAGGGAGAGCACAAAAAGGAGAAAACAAAACGGGGCAAAUUUGUGCCAGUGAAAGAGGAGAAGAAGGAUUCCAGUGAGGUGGUGGUAGAGCUCACAGACAGUGCCGGGGAAGAAGAGCUGGCAGAACUGAAGAAAGCUCAGAAAGACAAAGGGCUGCGUGUGGAAGUGCGUGUGAACAAGGAGUGGUUCACAGGCCGUGUCACAGCUGUGGAGAUGGGCAAGCAUGCAGUACGCUGGAAGGUGAAGUUUGAUUAUGUUCCUACAGACACCACACCAAGGGAUCGCUGGGUAGAGAAGGGCAGUGAGGAUGUGAGGUUGAUGAAGCCUCCCUCUCCCGAGUACCAGGCUCCAGAUAGGCAGCAGGAAGAGGAGGUUGUUGUGGCUGAACCUUCUACCUCAGACUGUGUCAGAAUUGAGCCAGACACCACUGGUCCCAGCAGCAGCCAAGAAACAGUAGACUUACUAGUCCAGAUCCUUCGAAAUUGUUUGCGGUACUUCUUACCUCCAAAUUUUCCUGUCUCCAAGAAGGAGCUGAGUUCCAUGAGCUCGGAAGGGUUGUUGGCGUUUCCCUUGAAAGAAUAUUUCAAACAGUAUGAGGUAGGUCUGCAGAACCUGUGCAAUUCGUAUCAGACACGUGCCGACGCCCGGGCCAAAGCCUGUGAAGAGAACCUCCGCAACUCAGAGAGAAAGCUGAGGGAAACGGAGGAGAAACUGCAGAAGCUGAGGACUAACAUCGUGGCCCUUCUGCAGAAAGUGCAGGAGGACAUUGAUAUUAAUACAGAUGAUGAACUGGAUGCGUAUAUCGAGGACUUGAUCACUAAAGGAGAUUGAGCAGCCCCAGUACAAGUCGUAGAGACAUGCCGAGGAGCUGGUUGCUGCGAUGGGAGAUGUGGAUUCCUGCAGCGGAGGACUAUGGCUGCUGUUGAGAGAGAGGGUUUUUAGACAGUACUUGUGUUGGUGUACAACUUGUUCUUGUGACUUUACAUGGAAAAAGACAUUUGUGCUGUUGGCAGGAAGAUUUUUAACAUUGUAGUUCUCCAAAUCUCUUCCUUUUGUUUAUAAAUAUUUAUUUUUAAAAGAA